CGCAGCUCAGUCUCGUCCAUCCAGUGCUGUAGAAUUUUCUUUGGUCUGUUGGCAAGGCAGCCAUGAAACCCCCUCAGCUGCCGGCAGGGGAGGGGGCCUCCUGGGCUCACGAGGUCAAGCAGGCCCUCCGUGAGAAACUCCGGCGCUCCUACGGCGCCGGAGCUGCCUCCGCCACACCGGAGGCCAGGCCGGCCGGCGAACCAAGCCGUGGCGCUGAGUGCCGCGGCUCGGCGGCCGAGGACCCCAUAAGGAGAGUCAUGUUCUUGGCUCCCUGGGGUCACACAUAAGAACACAAACCGGCCGGCCGAGAUCUGGGCAUGCAAGCUUGCAUGGCCAUGUCUUGGUCAGUCAGAUCUGCAAACAACCAAACUGUAAAAAAGAACUGGAGCCUGUCUUGUAAAUCAUGGAGCUUGCUGCUGCUUGCACCCAUGAAAAACAUGAACGCAUGGAGAGCUGGUUAACUAGCUAGGUAGAUAGAUAUAUCAUAUAUGGGUAUGAUGGUGUGGAUGAGAAUAAAAAACAAGGUACGUAGUCCAUGUCUCUGGUCUUGGGGAGUGGCUGUGAGCCUGUGAGAUCCUGGGAAGUUCAUGCAUGGCAUGAGUCAUGGGUGUGGUGGGCUCAAGAGGGAGAUCUGAAACUUGUGUAGCCACUACGAACUUGUUUUCCAGAAAUCUUGUAAGUAGGGGAGCCUGUGAAUAAUCUAGAAAACAAAUCUUCCUGCUCUGCGUGUCCACCUUUGCUUCCAGGUUCAGAAGAUUCUUCUUCUAGUGGUGAUGCUUUAUCUCUAUGCUCUGUC